AUGGCUCCUGUCCUGUUAGAACCCACUAUUGUUGUUUCUCACCCGAGUACUGCCCCAUUGAAGGUAGCAGUCAAUGGUACUUCUAAAAAUGGAGUUGGCCUCACCCUGAAACCACGUUCUUGGCGACUUCUGCACCUUGCCGAUGCCCUCAACCCUCCUCCACCCGCCCAAGAAGAACAUCCGGAUAUUCAUAUCCAGCGACUCCUUCAAUUGGCCUGGGUUACCACGAUCAGAGCAUUUUCCUGCUCGACAACCCUAUACAUUGGUCAAGACUAUGCAAAGGGUCAAUGCUACAUAGGCGAGGCAGCUCAUGGCUACUUCAAGCCGACCGUCCAGAUCCACGUAGAUCCCCAUGAUACCGUCGGAGACCUCUUCCCACGAAAGCGUUGA